UCCCAGAGCUAGCAAUAUGCUUAAAAUGAACUGGAAUGCUGAAGUCGCCAAGAAUGCUGAGAAGUGGGCAGAGAGGUGCACCUUGUCUCACAGUCCAAGAAGUCAACGAAAAAUUAGUUUUGCUAACUGUGGAGAGAAUUUAUUCAUGUCCAGUGCUCCCAUAUCAUGGUCACAUGCAAUCCAAUCUUUAUAUGAUGAAGUUAAAGAUUUUAAAUAUGGAGUUGAUGCAAAUGCUAAAACUGGCCAUUAUACCCAGCUCGUUUGGGCCACUUCCCACCAACUUGGAUGUGCCUUGGCCCACUGUCCUCACAAGCACCUUUCCUAUUACUAUGUUUGUCAUUAUUGUCCUGAGGGAAAUGAUGUAAGAACCAAGAAGACCCCAUAUAAAGUAGGAAAACCUUGUGCAGACUGCCCUGAUCACUGUGAUGAUGGGCUUUGUACCAAUCCCUGCAUAUAUGUGGAUAAGAUCUCAAAUUGUGCUGAAAUAGUCAAAGAUUAUGGAUGUGAUAAAAACUUCAUAAAAGAAAAAUGCCGAGCUACCUGCAAAUGCUAAUCAGAG